CAUUCUCAUUCUCUCGAUCUUGUAGGACGGAUCGCGAGAUGGGCGUAUUUAGCAAAAUGUUCGCUUCUUCAAGAAAGUGGCACAACACGACCGGUUACAUUAGAAUUAGGCAAAUACCUGCUGGUGACGAAUACGAUGAGCUGUGGCCUGAUGAUGGGUGCCGGCGAUGUCUUACAGCAACAUAGCAACUUCUUGAAGAAACGCAUGCCGAUGACGAACGAUCGACUCCCAAACGACGAGAAGGGCUGCCUCGACUACCGUGAAGAUGAAACCGAGUACGACAUAACGAACAACGGUUGCGAUUAUGUACGGACGCGCAAUAUGACCGUCGUUGGUUUCAUCCAGGGUCCCUUUAAUCACUACUUCUACAAUAUACUGGAAAAGCAGCUGCCGGGUAAGAGUGCCGGCAGCAUAUUAAAGAAGACCUUGAUCGACCAGACCAUCGCUAGUCCGAUCUGCCUUGGCAUGUUCUUCAUGGGGCUUGGGAUGCUCGAGCACAAGAGCCUUCAGGAAAUCAACAGCGAAAUUAGACUCAAGCUCAUGAACACAUGGAAGGUUGACUGCAUAUUUUGGCCACCAACACAGUUCUUAAAUUUUCUUUUCGUGCCCAUUCAAUAUCGAGUGUUAUAUAUCAACUUCAUGACAAUGAUCUACGACAUGUUCUUAUCAUACAUUAAAUACGAUGCAUGCGUUUACCUUUCCAUCCUACUUUUGUUUGAUUAA